AUGGGAACCACCACCCCGGUCUGCCACUCCACAGGCACUGUCCCCGACCUCCAUGCAACACUGACGAUGCAUGCCACCCAAGACAGUCCAACAAUGUCCAGAGCCUUCAGCGUUGAAGUCCCCCGCCAGAACUAUAGAGUCCCCAGUUGGCACACUUUCCAGAAUGCCACCCAGAGACUCCAAGAAGCUGCCCAGGCUGAGACGCCUCUCAGCCUGGGCAGCUCGGAAAAGGAUGGAGUCCAGCCCCUCUUUAGGAGUUUGGUUCCAGAACCAGUGCUAUGCACGGAGGUGAGCCCAACUAUAUCUAGUUGGUACCGCUCCACCUCCCGCACCAGCUCUGGUUCGUUCCCCGAAAGAGAGGUGCCAUUCCACGUCCCCAGAGCUAGCCUGCCACCCGGCUCACAUUGCACCCGGCCCCAAUGUGUAUCCCUGCGAGUGGUGGGCCCACGGUGCGGCGGCUCCAUUAAGUUUUUUUUCGGGCUGUGCCCGCCCGCGCCCCAUGUGCCCAGGCCCGGCCACCUGACCCUUGCAGGCGACCUCUCCUCCCAAGUCUGGUUCCAGAAGGGGGCCCUACAGCUGUUGGUGGUUAAAGAAGAGCAGCAGGAGUGGAGCUCCAGUCUGGACCAAGAGGACCCAGAGCCCCCACACAUUAAAGAGAAACAGGAGGAACUCUGGACCAGUCAGGAGGGAGAGCAGCUUCAAGGUCUGGAGGAGGCUGAUAUCAAGUUCCCAUUCACUUUAUUCACUGUGAAGAGUGAAGAAGAUGAUGAAGAGGAAGCUCAGUCCUCACAGCUUCAUCAAAGACAAACUGAACAGAUGGAAACAGAAGCUGAUGGAGAGGACUGUGGAGGACCAGAACCAGACAGGAACUCGGAUCCAGAUACACAUUUACAACCACAUACUUACGACAAGACUGGAGACUCUUCUGAACCUGAGACUGAACACAGUGAUGAUUGGACGGAGACCAGAGAACCUGAGUCAGGUUUAAACUCUUUAAAAAAUGAUGAAGUUUCUGGCAGUGAUUCAAGAUGUAGUACAAAUGGGAAACCAUUUAGCUGCUCUGUGUGUGGGAAAACAUUUGGCUUCAGGGGAAAUUUGAAGAGUCACAUCAAAUGUCAUACAGGAGAAAAACCCUUCAGCUGCUCAGUCUGUGAGAAGUCUUAUACACAGAGUAGGCAUUUACAGAGACACAUGAGAACUCACACAGGAGAGAAACCUUUCAGCUGCUCAGUGUGUGAUAGAAGUUUCAUUGAAAGUGGAGAUCUGAAGAGACACAUAAGAACUCACACAGACGUCGAGCAGCUGUUGGUGGUUAAUGAAGAGCAGCAGGAGUGGAGCUCCAGUCUGAACCAGGGGGACCCAGAGCCCCCACACAUUAAAGAGGAACAGGAGGACCUCCGGACCAGUCAGGAGGGAGAGCAGCUUCAAGGUCUGGAGGAGGCUGAUAUCAAGUUCUCAUUCACUGUGAAGAGUGAAGAUGCUGAAGAGAAAGCUCAGUCCUCACAGCUUCAUCAAAGACAAACUGAACAGAUGGAAACAGAAGCUGAUGGAGAGGACUGUGAAGGACCAGAACCAGAUGAGAACUCUGAUCCAGAUAGUCCUUUACAACCAGCUGCUGAUGACGAGACGUCACCUUCCUCUGAAUGUGACACUGAUGACAGUAGAGAUUGGGAGGAGACUAAGAAACCUCAGUCAAAUUCAAGCCAUCUGCAAAACAAUGUAGUACCUAGAAGUGAUACGGACUGUAAUACUGGAAAAACAUCAAUCAGCUCCUCUGAAUGUGCUGGAAGGUUUAACAACAAGAGAAAUCUGAAGAAACACACUAAGUCCAAAACAGGAGUGAAACCAUUUAGUUGCUCCGUUUGUGGUAAAACAUUCAAGAAAAGGUCGGGUUUGAUCGCACACUUAAGAAUUCAUACAGGAGAAAAACUUUUCACCUGCUCGGUUUGUGAAAAAACGUUUAAAAGCAAAGGGGAGGUUGAGACCCACCAAAGAAUUCACACGGGGGAGAAACCAUUUAGUUGUUCAGUUUAUAGUAAAACAUUUACGCAACAAAGUAAUCUGAAAAAACACAUGACCGUCCACACGGUGGAGAAACCAUUUAGUUGUUCAGUUUGUAGUAAAACAUUUACGCAACAAAGCAAUCCGAGAAAACACCCGUGUGUCGACGACGGGGAGAAAACAUUUACUUGCGGCGUUUGCGAAACAAGAUUCACUCGGCUCGUUCUUUCAAAAAAACAAGUGUGCAGCAGAAAUAAGUGAAGCUGCAUGACGCUAAAUUCUGCGUUUAUUUGUCUUUACUUUGUUUUGUCUUUGGCGCUGUGCUUUUUGGUUUUACAUGCAUUCAUUGAUUGUAUUGUCUCAAUGCAUCUUUUGUCCCAUAUACAGUAAUUAAACAUUUUUGUAAUGUGAUUUAUAAAUAAAACUGCUUGACUUAACUUGUUACGUACUGCGUUAAGCAUGUUGUCUCAUUUCCAGUUAUCGCCGUUGCUGGUAGCUUAUUUUAGCUGCUUUAGCUCAACCCCAAUUAAUUUAUAGACCUAAUUGCAGCGGCUAAUUACCUGCUUUACCUUUAAACUAUAUACAUGCAUGUUGGCAACUUUCUCGCUAAUU